AUGUCUGAUAUAUCGAAUCAAGAGUUGAUUGAUCAGUUCAAAUUGAUUACUGGGUUUGAAUCUAGUGAAUCAAGUGAUACAAAUGAAGGAGAUGAUAUAGAUAGUAAGAUACUACGACUUUUAACUAUUCAUGACUAUAAUCUAAAUAAUUCAAUAUCAACUUAUUUCGAUACAGGAUUUGAAUCUAUUGGUAAUGUUAGUAUACAAGAAGAGGCAACAACAGGUGCAAGCUCAUCGGUAGAUCCUAGAGAAAUCGAAGGAUUCAUUGAUGAUACUUCAAUAGAUAAUAAUGAUCAAGAAUAUGGAGAUAUUGGGGAAUUAAUUCAUAGAUCAUCAAGUUCAAAUACUAGAAGUGAAUUUGUAAAUUUACAAACUCAAAUGUUUAUGAAUUCAAUGAUGCCUAGAUUACCUAAAGCACCUACUAUACCAAUGAGAUGGCAAUUAGACGUGGGGAUUUAUAGUUCAAUUUUACAUGAUAGAGAAAUAAGGAAUAAUCGACAACCACCAAAUAAAGAGGGAGUGACGGAAGAUGAAAAAUAUGAGUAUAAGGAUAAAUUGAUAAGUUCAGGUCAGAGAAAUACAAAUAGUAUGGGUAAUAGUUCAAUAAUUAAUGCCCUAUGGUUUAUUUUGUUAAUUAUUCCAAAAAGUUUUUUGCAGUUAUUACUAUCUUCAGUUAAAUAUAUAUUCGGAAUAGGUGGUUGGAAAGAUGAUAUUGGUGGAAACAAUUUUUCAGCUCAUAAACUGUUCAAAUAUGAUGAAAAUUUCGAUCCAAAUUAUUCAUUUAUAAAACAUUUACACAAACAUACUGAUACCAUUGACCACUUCAAAAAAUUCAAUAAUCUUAAAGACUCAAACUUCAACGAUAUUCAUCAACAUUGUCAAAAAGAAUAUGAUUGGUUAUUAGUAAUUCUAACUAAUGACUCCCAUGAAAAUCAAAAUUUCAUACAUACAUUAUUCAACAACUCAAAUUUUCAAAAAAAUUUCAAUUCAACAAAUGGAACAUAUAAAAACGUUCAGAUUUAUUUAGGUAAUAUAGAUCAUCAACCAGAAUCAUUUGAGAUAGCCAAAACUUACAAAAUUAAAAAAUUACCUUAUUUAAUGUUAAUAUCAAACGUAUCAUCAUCACCAGAAAUAAUGGCAUCAAUGUCAAUAGUUUAUAAAUCAAAUAUUUCAAUAAAUUUUAUAGAAACUUCAAAAGAUUUAAAAAUUACUAUACCUAAAAUUAUUAAAAAUUUAAUUAAAAAUAUUGAAAAAUUUAAUCCUCAAUUAGUUUCUGCUAAAUAUGAUAAACAAGAAAUGGAAUUUAGUAGGAUGAUUAGGAAACAACAAGAUGAUGCAUAUUCAGAGUCACUUGUAAAAGAUCAAAUUAAAAAACAAGAAAAAACUGAUCAAUUGUUAAAAGAAUCCAGGAUUAAAAGUCUAAAAAAUUUGAAGUUAUGGUUCAUUAAUAGUCUAAUUAAUGAUGAAUUCUUGAAUAGUACAACAGUUGACAAAUCCAAUAAUGCCUCAAAUUUAAAAAUAGCAAUAAAAUUACCAAAUGGUAAAAGAAUAAUAGAAAAUUUGAAUCCAGAAAUAACAAUCCUACAAUUUUACAUAUUCAUCGAAUUAAAACUUUAUCAAGAAUCAGAAAAACUAUUAGCAAUUGAGGAUUUAGAAUCACUACAAAUAGAUGAUGAGUAUAAGUACAAAUACUCAAAUCAUAUUGAAUAUUUUGAAGAUAUAGGAUUUAAAUUUGAUGUUAUUCAACCAUACCCUAAAAAAGUUAUUGGUUGUGAUUCUAAUGUGAUCAUUGGUGAUGUACCUGAAUUUAGGGGUGCUAAUUUUUUGGUUGAAUAUCAUCAUGAAGAUGAAGAUGAUACGGAGGAGGAAGAUGAUAUUGAUUUAUAA